AUGCACUUGAUAAGGCCUCCUACUGCUGAUGAAGCUUCAUCUUCUUCUGAGGAUGCUCUUGACAAGGCCUCUUCUUCUGAAGCAGCUGCUGAUGAAGCAUCUUCAUCUCUGUCUUCUGAAUCUGUUUUUGUGUCAGAAUCUUCUCAAUCAGCUUCUGUUUCUGAGUCCUCCCAGUCUGCCUCCGAGUCUUCUCUAUCCGCAUCUGUUUCUGAGUCCUCUCAAUCUGCAUUUGAGUCUUCUGAAUCUGCUUCUGAAUCUUCUGAAUCUUUUGAAUCUGCUUCACAAUCUUCUGAAUCUGCUUCUGUUUCUGAAUCUUCUUUUGUUUCUGAGUCUUCCGAAUCUGCUUCUGUUUCUGAGCCUUCCGCAUCCGGUUCUGUUUCUGAGUCCUCUCAAUCUGCAUCUGAGUCUUCUGAAUCUGCUUCUGUUUCUGAAUCUUCUUUUGUUUCUGAGUCUUCCGAAUCUGCUUCUCUUUCUGUGUCUUCUGAAUCUACUUCUGUGUCUGAAUCUUCUGAAUCAGCUUCUGUUUCUGAGUCCUCCCAGUCUGCCUCCGAGUCUUCUCUAUCCGCAUCUGUUUCUGAGUCCUCUCAAUCUGCUUCUGAAUCUUCUGAAUAUUUUGAAUCUGCUUCACAAUCUUCUGAAUCUUCUUUUGUUUCUGAGUCUUCCGAAUCUGCUUCUGUUUCUGAGUCUUCCGCAUCCGGUUCUGUUUCUGAGUCCUCUCAAUCUGCAUCUGAGUCUUCUGAAUCUGCUUCUGUUUCUGAAUCUUCUUUUGUUUCUCAGACUUCCGAAUCUGCUUCUGUUUCUGAGUCCUCCCAGUCUGCCUCCGAGUCUUCUCUAUCCGCAUCUGUUUCUGAGUCCUCUCAAUCUGCAUUUGAGUCUUCUGAAUCUGCUUCUGAAUCUUCUGAAUCUUUUGAAUCUGCUUCACAAUCUUCUGAAUCUUCUUUUGUUUCUGAGUCUUCCGAAUCUGCUUCUGUUUCUGAGCCUUCCGCAUCCGGUUCUGUUUCUGAGUCCUCUCAAUCUGCAUCUGAGUCUUCUGAAUCUGCUUCUGUUUCUGAAUCUUCUUUUGUUUCUCAGACUUCCGAAUCUGCUUCUGUGUCUGAAUCUUCCGAAUCUCCUUCUGUUUCUGAGUCUUCCCAGUCCGAGUCUUCUGAAUUCGCUUCUGUUUCUGAGUCCUCCCAUUUUUCCUUCGAAUCUUCUGAAUCCUCCCCCGUUCCUGAGGUUUCUCAAUCUUCUUCUGUUUCUGUUUCUGCGUCUUUUGAAUCUGCUUCUGUUUCUGAAUCUUCGUCCAUUUUGGAGUCUUCUCUUUCUCAAUCUAUCACUGAAGUUUCCACUUCAACGGAAACAUUUUCCGUACCUAUUUCUUCAGCCGCCUCGGUCUACUGUAUCCUUCCCAUGAAACGUGAUGCCUCUUAUGAAUCCUGUCUUACAGCUUGUGGUGUUGUUUCUAGUACUGUUGAUGCUAAUGGUGAUUCUUGUGCUGUUUUGUCUUCGAUUGUUGAAGCUUACUCAGUUUGUUAUCAAUGUUUGUCAAUCUAUGAUUCCGGUCUUGAUCUCAAUCAAUCAGUCAUUUCUGCGUUUGACUCUUGUGACCUUGAGAUUAUUGUCUGGUGUCCAGUGGAAACCAGCGAGUCUGAAUCUUUUAGUUUACCUAUUGAAACUGGUGAAUCUGGAAUUUCUUCCGAAUCUUCCCUUUAUUCUUCCCUUUAUUCUUCUUUGUCUUCGUUGGAAGGCACUUCUCAGGCUGGUUCUGAAUCCUUAUUUGAGAGCUCAUCGUCUUCCUCACUUUAUUUCUCUAGUAUUUUAUCUGAGCUUUCUUCAGUCGAGAUUUCAGAGUCUUCUACUCAUUUUGAGUCGGAAUCUCUUGAAACUUUUUUGACUUCUACUUAUAUUUUUACUCCUUCGACAAAGCCCUCUUGGAAUUCCACAUUUACGACUUCUGUUUCCUCUUCUACUACGUCUAGUAUUGGUUCUCAGACACCAACUUCUUCCAUUACUACAUCUGUUGCUACGCAAACUUCUUUUACUUCAUAUACUACUGUAAUUGGAUCUCAGACUCUCACUGUCACUAUUCCUUGUGAUGAUUGUACCGCUAUUACUUCGACAAGUUCUUUCACUGAAUAUACAACCUAUACAACUGUUAUUGCUGGCGAGACUACCACUGUCACAGAGCCAUGUGAGAAAUGCACGGCUACAUCUUCCCCGGAAUCCACUAUCUCUUCAACUGGUUCACACCCAGAAUACACUACUUAUACUACGGUCAUUGGUGGAGAGACCUCUACAGUCACUGAGCCUUGUGAGAAAUGUACAAUUACUUCUUCUGAGAUUAGUUCAAUUUCUUCCCCAGGUUCUCACACUGAAUUUACCACUUAUACUACUGUCAUUGGUUCUCAGACUCUUACCGUUACUAUUCCUUGUGAAGAUUGCACCGCUACUACUUCGUCAAGUUCUUACUCCGAAUACAACACCUAUACAACUGUUAUUAGUGGUGAGACCAAGACUGUCACUGAGUCCAGUGAAUCUAGUUCUUCCCAACCCUUUAUUUCAUCUCAAAUUGUCACAGGUUUUUCAACCAUCAAUACUGGUACCACCUUUAGUCUUACUGAAUCUUUGGAAACCCACAUUGUUUCUGGUUCAGAGUCUUCCUUGUUAACUGCUUCAUCAAAUACUUCUCCAUCCAAGGCUACUUCCUUGACUUCCGAAACUGGUACUAAUGUUCCUGAACAAUCAACAGAAGUUACUACUUUAACUGAGACAACUUCAACCUCUGUUAAGUCAUCGUCAUUUAUCAUGUUCACGUCUGUUAUUGGUGAAACUACAGUCAUUGUGACAGCUUCACAGGAAUCUGCUCCUGUUAAUUCUGUGUCUAAUAUCCCUAUUAGUUCUGGAGUUGAAACUGUUUCAAGUAUUCAUACUAGUUCGGUUUCUGAAAUUUCUUCUAACUCUGUAUCUUCAUCUUUUACUUCUACUUUUGGUCAAGCUGAACAAUCACCCGCAAAUACUGAGUCUCAUCAGACUAACGUUUUGCAAUCAAUUUCUUCUGUUUCUGAAGCACAACCAAGCACCAGUUCUUUAGUUUCAACCAAUGUUGUUGUUUCUGAAAUCACAUCACUUACCCCUGAAUCUAAAACUGGGACUCCUUCAGCUCAUGAAUCCUCAUUUAUUUCUUCUCAGUCUGGCGCUGGCACUGGCUCUGAGAUUGUGUCUCCCCUUGAGACAUUUACACUUGCAAGUUCACUGUCAUCUGGCCUUGUUUUCGCUUCGUCUUCAAUUCCUGAGGCUUCUUCAUUGUCUACAUCUGUUACAUCCUCACCUUCUAUUCAUGAGGGUUCUUCACCUAUUUCUUCGGCGACAUCUUCUUCCGGAUCUCUGGUGUUAUCUCCGUCUUACACCACCUUCACUAUUGUUACUGAGGGUGUCACUCUUACACUAACGGAGAGUUUUGUGGAGAAUUACUCUACUACCGAGCCGGUUAUUUCUUUGGCUUCGACUUCGACUUCGACUUCUCAGUCCCCUGUUGCUCUAGUGAGCACCCAAAAUACAUUGCCUGUUUCUUCUUCUCUCCCAUCUCAAUACCAACCUGGUUCUAGCUCAGGUGGAGUUGAGCAAGUUAAUUCGGCACACACAAAUAUUACACCUUUAAAGGGUGGUUUGGCUCUAGUUAUGAUUUUGCUUCUUUUUAUGAUGUGA